CCACAUAGAUCUGUGCUAAGUCAAUACUGGAUGAAUGUUUAAUCUUAACGGACAAACAACUGAGAGGAAAGCAUAACAAUAUGAGCACUGAUGAAGAUAAAAAUAGGAAGAAAAUAGACAUCCUGUUACAAGUGCUGUUAAGAGUUGAACGAGAGGUUGCAAUGCCAUGUGAAGAGAGUCGUAGUGAAGUAGUUGAGCAAAUACAAAUUCUGCUUGGAGCUGUUUCUAUCUUAUCAGAGGAUACCAAGGAUGACACUAUCUUUCUUAAUGAAGUGUUGAUGGAAAAUUAUGUUUUCCUGUGUCCCAAAUUCCUUUGUGAAAUAUAUGAGGAAAUGAUGCUACCAUUGCCAGCAGAACUGUGUCCAUAUUCAGAAAGCCAAGAUGAUGAUGAUGCUGAUGAUGAGAAGCCGAUUGCAUCAUGUAAAUCAGCUGGUUCUGUUGGAUCACUUGACAGUGACGGAUCAGCCAGACUACGCAGAACUAGAAGUAUGGUUCGUCAUCCUAGUCUGGCUGAUGUUGUUCUUAGAAAACACAUCAUCAUUCCUGCACAGGUUGCAAAGAAAAAGGAUGAAAAACAGACGCAAAAGCCAAGAACAAGUGCCAGAAAAGAAAAACAGAAAGAAUCUAAGAAAACCGAAGUGAAAAAAGUGAGAAGAAACUUGUUCUAUGAUGAAGAGGACUCUUCAUCACCAAUGCCAUGUGAUGUGAAAUCAAACAAAUUGGAGAGAAGAAAUUCUGUUGCUGUGAUGCAAAGACCUAAACAACCAACAACACCCAAAAGGAGAAGUGGUGGCCAGUUGGUACUGAAGACAAAGUCUGUUGCUGAGACACCAAAAUCAAAACAAGUGUCCAAUGCUAUGUUGCAGAGACUGAAUAGAGCAAGAAGAAGAUCUCAGAUUCCAACGACAACAGAAGUAAAAGUUGUUGAGGAGUCUCCAGAAAAGGCUGUCAAGUUAUCAUCAAAAGCAUUGACAGCCAAAAUUCUAAGUCCAAGAUCUCGCAUCAAAACUUUACGAAGAAGGAACUCGUUUUAUUCAGCAUCACAAAAGGAACAUUCUAGAAAUCUACAAAAAUCUAGGGAGGUUGCGUGUCGUCUUGCUGGUAAACAUUUUAUAAGCCCAUCCAGAGAAUGUUUAGGAUAUGACAGCAAGUUGAUAACUCCAACAAAAGUUGUGCAAGUGAAUGAAAAUGCCACAACACCUGGAAAAACAUCACCCACUGCACAGUUUUUGCUGUCAGAGAUUUUCAGUCCUAGUUCCUUGAAACGUGUCAGGAAGUUUCCCAUUCAGCCUGGUGUUCCUGAUUCGCCAUGUCGCAAUACAAGAUCACAAAUUAGCUUGACACCAACUAAAUUAUCACUGGAACAAGGUACAUAUGUAACUGAAACACCAGAGAAGUCUCUGGUUGUGAGAACUCCAGUAAAGGAGAAGUUAAUGAUGUCACUGAGUUAUAACACUAGAUAUCAACUUCGUAAUACUCCUUGCAAAGCAAAGAAUGAAAAUACUGCAUUGGAUGCAAAUCAGUCUUUACUGUUAUCGCCGCAAUCUAGAAUAUCCAAUGAUGCGUGGAUGGAGAAAACUCCAAAAGCUGUUUGCUCAAAUGUUAAAAACAUUGCUGUUGAAAUAAGGCAAACAAUAAAAUCACCUUCUACUAUGAGGAAGGAUGGUGUUGUCCAACCUGAAGAUCAAACAGAACUGAAAAUAAAAAGUUCCCUGACUAAGAGAUUCGAAUGCAUAAAAAAAAUGCAUACAUUUUCAGUUGGUCAAGUGGAAAAAGCAGAUAGUAAGGUAUCGGAAAGGUUAUUUAAAACACCAACAAAAGAAGUGUCAUCAGCCAAAGAUAAUAAAUUAACCGAAUGUUCGCCAUCUUUGAACACAAGGUCUCGUAUGUCAUCUCCUUCUCACUCAAAACCCUCCAUGUGCUCUCCAACAUCGUUCCAAGUGUCUCCUUCUAAACAGAGAUGGAGAAUCAAAACUCCAGAAUCUCUAAGUAAAUGGCCGAGACGAAAGCAAUUUUCGCCGAGGUUCUCAAAAUAA